CAGAGAAAAGGGUUAGCAGAAGAGAGAUGGCAAUGAAAAAGCAGGGAGGAGGCGAUAAGCGGCGGCGCGUGGUGCUAGUGCCUUAUCCUUUUCAGGGCCACAUCACGCCCAUGCUUCAGUUAGGGAGCAUUCUUCAAUCCCGGGGGUUCUCCGUCACCGUCUCCCAUCCUCAAUAUAACUCACCCCCUCCUUCUGCUCAUCCCGAGCUGGAGUUUCACAGUUUAUAUGACGGCUUGGCCGGCUACGACAUGUCUUUUCACAACUUGCUUGCUGCCAUUUAUGCCAUGAAUGAAAACUGCAGGGCUUCACUGGACGAGUAUUUGGUGCAGUUGAUGGAAAAAGAAGAAGAAGAAGAAAAGCCCGUCAUCAUCUACGACAACAUCAUGUUUUUUGUGGACGCAGUGGCCACUCAUCUUAAGAUUCCCACCAUUGUCUUGCGCCCUUUCAGUGCUAUUUACUUGCAUUCUCUCCUCUCCGUUCUUCAACAAUCCGACGCCAUCUUUCCCUUCCAAGACGAUAGUAUUCUUGAGCCAUUGCCGGAUCUUCAUCCCCUGAGGUUCAAGGAUCUACCAUUUCCAACAAUCAACAACGAUGUUCUUGAGCCGGUAGUCGAAUUUUCGGUGAGAUCAAAUGAUAUAAGAUCUUCAGUGGCGUGCAUUUGGAACAGCCUGGAAGAACUGGAGCAUUCAGCGCUGUCAAAGCUUCAACAACGCUACAAAGUUCCGUUCUUCCCCAUAGGACCUUUUCACAAGCGGGCUUCUGAUUCCUCCACCAGUUUGCUAGAAGAAGACACAAGCUGCCUGGAAUGGCUAGACAGGCAAGCCCCAGGCUCAGUUCUCUAUAUAAGCAUUGGGAGCUUAGUUAAUAUCAGUGAAAAAGAUCUUGUUGAGACUGCUUGGGGCUUGGCUAACAGCGAACAGCCGUUCCUAUGGGUGGUCCGGCCUGGAUCCGUGAACGGCUGCGAUCAGUUGCCCGAGGAUUUCGAGAGAGUGAUUGGAGACAGAGGUCGGAUCGUGAAAUGGGCCCCGCAGAGGAGUGUACUGUCACACCGAGCCGUGGGCGGGUUCAUGAGUCACUGCGGGUGGAAUUCGACUCUGGAGAGUAUUUCCGAAGGAGUUCCUAUGAUCUGCACGCCGGUUAUUUCCGACCAGCCUGUGAAUGCGAGGUACAUAUCGCAGGUGUGGAAGGUGGGAUUGGAAUUGGAGAAAGCGGAGAGAGGCGUUGUUGAGACCACGAUUCGAAAACUCAUGGUCGGAAGUGAAGGCAGAGAAUUGAGGAAGAGAGUUGUUGAUUUGAAGCUCAAGCUUGAGUCUUGUAUGCAGAAAGGUGGCUCUUCAUAUCAGGCCUUGGAUGAACUAGUGGAGUUCAUUUCUUCAUUACCAUGAGCCCUGUUUUCUUUCUGUUUUAAAUCAAAUUUGUUAUGAACUGAUUUCAAUUUAUGCUUUUCAGAUCUUUUACAUGUUUAAAUAAUCAGAGCCUAGAGUUUUUACUACAAGAUUACUGUCAAAGUGUCAAUAUAUGUCUGUUAGUGGUUCAUGGUUGUGUGUUGUUUUCAUAGAAUUAUUUCGUAUUUUUUCAAUGAAAUGUCAAACUUGUAACAAGAUUGUUGGCAAAGGACAACCCCAAAAGUCAUGGUUUCACACUA